CGGAGGCGGGCAGGAAGCGCGGCACCUAGAGAGCCGGGGAUGCUGGGAGCCAGCGGGAGACUUCGGCUUCCGCCCGGCAGGGCCUCGGCAACCGGCACCCGGGGCUGGGCAGCCAGGGGUAAAGGCCGAGCCGGCUCCAUUGUGCCUCCGCCCGGCUGGGCAGCUGCACUGAGCUGGGGCAGGAGCCGGCUGCGGGGGUUUGGAGGACCGGGCAAGUGGCACUGGGAGUUCGGCCCGAGCUUUGGGCGCACAAUGUGGGGCGUGCUGGCAGCUUCUCCACUCUGGUCCCCCGAAGCCAAGAGAAAGUGGCAGAGCUGUCUGGGACCGGUCUGGCGGGGGAGUUCUGCACCAGUGGGAACGGGGCCUGCACUUUCCUAGUUGUGCGGGUGCUUUUGCUUAAUGCCGUGGAUAACUGAGUGAUCAGAGAAUUGCCCCAGACCCUUGGUGUCUCAUCUUAACUCGGUGGACCUGGAGUUGAUGGUAGUCCUGAGUUUUGCCAGGUUUUCAGGAUCUUGCAGCAGCCCCUGGGACUUCUGCUUUGAUCUCAGGCAACACCCCAGCCAGCUCCUGCUCUACCUAACUCUGCUAAUGCAGGUUGCCCAAUUCAGCUGCUUCUCAAAUGUGCCCUCCCUUUCAGACCUGCUGUCAGUGAGGGCGGCCGAGCACAGCGUUUCAGGGGGCUCAGAGGACCCGAGGAGACGUCCCAGGAGAGAGAAUCUUGAAUGGGAUCUUCAAAGGUGGUCAGGGAUUCUGAUGAAGGAGAAAGGUCAUUUGAUGCCAAGGAAGGAAUGUGCAUGAAUUAAGUUAGGAAGUGACAUCAAGAAUACAGUAGGCCCGGAGGAUGAGGUGUGAGCUACUGGGGCAAACUUAGAAAAAUAGCUCGAUGGGCCUGGUGUUUGUAGCUAUAAGUCACCUAAAAGUUUAGGGAGGCUGAGAGUGAAGGCACAGAGGCUAUGAGAUGAGGGUCCCCUAAGUCCUGGAAGGGGUCCGAGUAAGUACUGAGGUAAUGCAGGUAAGGGGCUGGUGCAAAGCAGUAGGGAGGGGUCUGUAGGACUGUCCCCACUACCUGAAGGGGCAGAGGAGGAACUUGAACAAAAAGGCCAGGGCUCCAGUGUGAAUCCAGGGUGUGGAGAAGCUCUGCAGCAGAGUGACUAGAAGGGGAGGGGGCUGAUGAGGCCUCGCUGGCCCUGGUGAAAUGUGGAGCAGACAGCCUGUCCUUAUGUCAAAGAGGAAGUUCAUUCACUUAUUCAUUUAUUAUUUAUGCCAGCCUCAAAGGCAGCUUAUAUAAAAGAGAGAAGAUAAAGUGAUAAAACCAUUAAAACUCAGCUAAAAGGACCUGAUGGCUGAGGAACAAAGGCAGAAGGAAAUGAAUAAUUAUGAUUGGGAAAAAAAAAUCUAGGCUCACAAAAGCCACUGGAAAUGAACACAGGACUCCCAUCUGAGUUUGCUAGCAGUCAAGUGAAAUAAAGAACCUAAAAGCAGGUGGGGUAGGCUGGAACUCAAGGUUGCUGUGAAACCUCAGGGGAGAGGCAAGAGUUGGGGAACAGGAUAGAAGGUGGUACUCUAAGUCCUCCAGGCUCUGACCGUCUCUCCUAGGAUGAGGUGGGGCUGCCAUUUGCCCAGGGCCUCUUGGGGCUUAGGUAUAGGAAGAAUACCGCCACUACCAGAUGAGUGUAUCCCCUUCCUGGCCCACUGGAGUUGUCCCUUUAAAGGGGUGCAUCCUCUUGCACCCCCUAGGGCCUUAAUACGCCACCACCGAAGUUCAGCCGACAGUGCUCCCCAACCAGGGAAGCAUGGACAGCUGUUCAGGAGCAUUUCUGCCACUGAAGCUAUCCAAAGGCACUGCCGGAACCUUGCUGAGUGGUUCAGCCGGCUGCCCAGAGAGGAGCGCCAGUUUGGACCAACAUUUGCUCUAGACACAGUCCAUGUUGACCCUGUGAUCCGUGAGAGCAACCCUGAUGAGCUGUUUCGCCCAUCUGCAGAGCUGAUCAUGGGGCAUCAGCAGGCCUAUGUGGGGCUCCCACCACUGGCCCUCUCACAACUCUUUGACCCAGAUGCCUGUGGGCGCCGGGUGCAGACGGUGGUGCUGUAUGGGACUGUGGGCACUGGUAAGAGCACAUUGGUCAGAAAGAUGGUCCUGGACUGGUGUUAUGGGAGGCUUCCUGCCUUCGAGCUGCUCAUCCCCUUCUCCUGUGAGGAUCUGUCAUCCCUGGGCCCCACCCCAGCUUCCUUGUGCCAACUUGUGGCCCAGCGCUACACACCCCUGAAGGAGGUACUGCCCUUGAUGGCCACUGCUGGAUCCCGCCUGCUCUUUGUGCUCCAUGGCUUGGAGCAUCUCAACCUUGACUUUCGACUGGCAGGCACAGGGCUUUGUAGUGACCCAGACGAGCCAGGGGCACCAGCUGCCAUCAUGGUCAACCUGCUGCGCAAAUACAUGCUUCCUGAGGCCAGCAUUCUGGUGACCACCCGGCCCUCUGCCAUUGGCCGCAUUCCCAGCAAGUAUGUGGGACGCUAUGGUGAGAUCUGUGGCUUCUCUGAUACCAACCUGCAGAAGCUCUACUUCCAGCUCCGCCUCAAUCAGCCUGACUGUGGGUAUGGUGCAGGGGGUGCAGGAGUCUCAGCCACGCCUGCCCAGCGGGACAACCUGAUUCAGAUGUUGUCCCGAAAUCUGGAGGGGCACCACCAGAUUGCUGCCGCCUGCUUCCUGCCCUCCUACUGCUGGCUUGUCUGUGCCACCUUGCACUUCCUGCAUGCCCCCACACCUGCUGGCCAGACCCUCACGAGCAUCUAUACCAGCUUCCUGCGCCUGAACUUCAGCGGGGAAACACUGGACAGCUCUGAUCCCUCCAAUUUAUCUUUGAUGGCCUAUGCAGCCCGAACCAUGGGCAAGUUGGCUUAUGAGGGGGUGUCAUCCCGCAAGACCUAUUUCUCUGAAGAGGAUGUCCGAGGCUGCCUGGAGUCUGGUAUUAAGACAGAAGAGGAGUUUCAGCUGCUGCACAUCUUCCGCCGAGAUGCCUUGAGGUUUUUCCUGGCUCCCUGUGUGGAGCCAGGACACCUGGGUACCUUUGUAUUCACUGUGCCUGCCAUGCAGGAAUACCUGGCUGCUCUCUACAUUGUGCUGGGUUUACGCAAGACUCCCCUGCAGCGGGUGGGCAAAGAAGUGGUUGAGUUUGCCGGCCGUGUAGGAGAGGAUGUCAGUCUGGUACUGGGCAUCGUGGCCAAGCUGCUGCCCCUGCGGAUUCUGCCUCUGCUGUUCAACUUGCUCAAGGUGGUUCCACGAGUGUUUGGGGGCAUGGUGAGUAAGAGCCGGGAGGCAGUGGCCCAGGCGAUGGUGCUGGAGAUGUUCCGAGAAGAGGAUUACUAUAAUGAUGAUGUUCUGGAUCAAAUGGGCGCCAGCAUCCUGGGUGUGGAGGGCCCCCGGCGCCACCCAGAUGAGCCCCCUGAGGAUGAAGUCUUCGAGCUCUUCCCCAUGUUCAUGGGGGGCCUUCUUUCUGCCCACAACCGGGCUGUGCUGGCUCAGCUUGGCUGCCCCAUCAAGAACCUAGAUGCCCUGGAGAAUGCCCAGGCCAUCAAGAAGAAGCUAGGCAAACUGGGUCGGCAGAUGCUGCCCCCCUCAGAGCUUCUGGACCACCUCUUCUUCCACUAUGAGUUCCAGAACCAGCGUUUCUCUGCUGAGGUGCUCAGCUCCUUGUGCCAGCUCAACCUGGCAGGUGUGCGCAUGACACCCCUCAAGUGCACGGUGGUAGCAGCUGUAUUAGGGAGUGGAAAGCAUGCUCUGGAUGAGGUGAACUUGGCCUCCUGCCAGCUGGAUCCUGCUGGGUUACGCACACUCAUGCCUGUCUUCCUGCGUGCCCGGAAACUGGGGCUGCAACUCAACAGCUUGGGCCCUGAGGCCUGCAGGGACCUCCGAGACCUGCUGCUCCAUGACCAGUGCCAGAUCACCACUCUGAGGCUGUCCAACAACCCGCUGACGGCAGCAGGGGUUGCCUUGUUGGUAGAGGGGCUGGCAGGAAACACCUCACUGACACACCUGUCCCUGCUGCAUACCGACCUUGGAGAUGAGGGAUUGGAGCUGCUGGCUGCCCAGCUGGACCGCAAUAAACAGCUGCAGGAGCUGAAUGUGGCCUACAAUGGUGCUGGUGACACAGCAGCCCUGUCCCUGGCCAAGGCUGCCCAGGAGCACCCUUCUGUGGAGCUGCUGCACCUUUACUUCAAUGAGCUGAGCUCAGAAGGCCGCCAGGUCUUGAGGGACUUGGGGAGUUCUGCUGAAGGUGGUGCCCGGGUUGUGGCCUCACUGACAGAGGGAGCAGCAGUGUCUGAGUACUGGUCAGUGAUUCUCAGUGAAGUCCAACGCAACCUUAACAGUUGGGAUCCUGCCCGGGUCCGGCGUCACCUCAAGUUGCUGCUUAGAGACCUGGAAGAUAGCCGAGGUGCCACCCUUAAUCCUUGGCGCAAGGCUCAGCUGCUGCGAGUGGAGGGCGAGGUCAAGUCCCUUGUAGAGCAGCUGGGAGGCCCUGAAUGCUAGACAGUGGCACCUGUGGCCUAGCUGUGGGACCGCUGGCCCCAAACCCCUUUGCUCUGUAGCCCGCUGGCUUGUACUGCUCCUUCCAGAAAGAUUCCUUCAGUGCUGGAGUCAAAGCAGAGGGCACAGUUGUGUCAUCACCCUGUCCCCUGGGCAAGUCCAGCCAGGACCCCAAGUCUGGAAUUUUCAAGGUCAAAUAUGGUGAACUGAUGCUGUGGACUUGAACAUAGAGUGUGCCACCUUUCCUUUUGGCUAGAGGCACUAAGAAUGUGCUAUUCAUGUGGCCACCACCAAUAAUCUUGCCUCUUCCUCCACUCAAGGAACCUGAUUGUGCCAUCAAGGGGCACACCUCUCAUGUCUUCCAUGCUGGGGGUUCCUCCAUCCAGCUUCCCAUUCUUGCCUCACAUUGGUGCUUUCCCUGGACUCAUGCCCUUCAGCUGUAUGGAUACUGAUAGUCCCUUGGGACAGGGGCAUGCGACUUGAUGCUAUUAAAAAGCUAUGUGUCUUCUACUUA